GCUUCCUACAGCUUAGCAAUCGAAGGGGUUCUGACUUGAACAUUCGGUGCCACCCAUCCGCAUUUCCAUUGCUUGAAGGAUCGUUUCGUAACGCGCCGUGCUUGGUUACAAUUGAGUGUUGUACCAAAAGUUGACAACUGCAAUCUUUGUUCUCAAUGACAGUCGUACACGGCGUAAAUCUCUGUUGAAUUGAUGUUGGCCGAAGACCUCCAAGCCGCCUAAGUUGGUGCAUCUAAUGCUGGGUGCAAUUUCGAUUUUACAUGAUCCGAUGCAAGUCUCGGCCGCUGUCAAUAAUGCUGCAAGGCACAUUAUUGCUGUAUAUUGUCGGCAGGCUCGGGCCGUCCAUACAAUGCAUACAUUAAUUUGGUUAUCGCGUGCCUGCACCUAUCACCAACUUUUGGCUACCCAUAGCCACAUCCAUAGCUGGACAAUUCCCAUCGAAUUCCCAUCAAUCGUGUCUAACUUCCAGGUGGCAUAUCCUCCACAUGGUUUUGUUGUGGAGGAGGAAUCUUGAUAUACCAUUCCGCUGGGACAUCACGCCGCGAAGCCGCAUUAUUAAUUUGCUAUCACACUCCUUAUCUUGAUUCAUCCAAGAUUAUGGGAAACUGCCCCCAGAUCCUCCGUACCGUUCUACUCAAUAUUCUAUCUUCGUUGUUCGGUACUGACGCGGUUUGUAAUAUUCACUCGAUUCCUUAAAUUAGAAAAGAUUUCAUGAUCCUAUCUACAUCAUGUAGACCCUUUUCAAUUUCGUAUUGCAUACCUUAGUCGUUGCACUCUUGGAAAUCUAUUCAAUAAUCAUUCUCAAUCAUGGUUUCAAUCCUCCCAGAUGGAAUGUCCAACUUGGAGGCAACUAUUUUAUUCUUGAUCAUAGACACAAUAGCUCUCAUUCUACGCGUCAUUUCCAGAAUACAGACAAAGAGCACGACGACGACUGGGCAAUUCAUCCGCUACGAUGACUGGUGGAUUCUUGCAGCUUAUUUGAUGUUUGCUUCGCACUGUAUUUUGAUAGUUUGCGGCGAGUACAUACAAUCGCCAAAGCAGAUGUUUUAUAGUAAUGUAUCAAACAGACAUCACGAAAAUAUCAGGUACCCUCGAACCAUUUUUAGUCAUGGAUUCAGAUCAUCGAUUGAAAAUGCUCCAGUUGCUAUGGAUUGGUAGUAUUCACUUCCCUUUCAUCAUCACGGCCGUUAAAAUCUCAAUAUUAUGCAUGUAUCGCUCUCUAUUCAAAACAACCCCAAAUCUCAUUCGAUGUGUGGAUAUAACAAUGGGUUUAUGCACAAUAUGGUUCAUAAUCACUGUAUGCUUGACGAUAUUCGGAUGUACACCUAUCAGAGCAGCAUAUAAUAUAGCCCUUAGACUCGAACCCACCACACAUUGCAUUCCGUACGGAGAGAUAGUUCUUGGCUUCGAACUUCCCAAUGCAAUCUUGGAUGUUGUCAUUCUCGCCCUUCCUUUCUUUGUCAUCAGAGACCUUCAUGUACCUGUACGGAAGAAGGUUCUUUUGUUCUUGCUUUUCUGGUUUGGUGGGUUCGUUAUUGUGACAUGCAUACUACGUAUAGCAUACUCAUAUCAGCCUCAUGAUCCAGAGCAUUUUUCUGGAUUCUCUACUGCGAAUGAAUGGUUGAUGAUUGAGGAAGGGAGCGCUAUUUUAGGAGCCUGUGUCCCAACAUUUCGACCCGUACUAAAAACGUAUUUCAAGCUUCCAAAAUCUAUCAAUGACUGGUUCUCUUCGACACUGGGAGCCUCAACGUCAGCAAGCAAACUUUCCAAAAGUCAUUCGAAAAUUAAAAUUCAACCAAAUCAAUCCAAAGAUCGACCUGGACCUUCGUAUCAAUUGAAAAAGCUAUCUACAGCCCACCUUCAACGUGGAAGAGAACGGCAGAAUCAGGGCCUCGACACGGAGUCGGAUGAAAGUCCACUGGUUGACAAUAAGAUUUGGGUCACAAGGCAUAUUACAAUUACAAAAUAGAAGAUUGAUCAAGCAUUAGAUUUUGUCAAUAAUAUUAUAGUUCCAUUAUUUGCCUUUCUCCAUAGCUUACUACCUAAUUAAAAUCA